AUGAUGAAGUCGGGGAACAACAUGGUGUCUGUGGUCGUGCCGGUCGACCUGGAAUACAAGCCACCGGUUGCUCUGCAGAAGAUCAUUCGCAGAUUCCGCCGUGCCAUGGCCAAGAUCUUCUACCGCGACACCAUCUUCUACACUGACAGCGCAGUGGUGGAGGAAGGACCGAAGCGCUAUCUGGAUGGGCGAAAUGUGGAGUUGUGUUGA